AUGCUCAAAAUGAUCCCAUUUCCGUAUAUAAAUAAAUUCGUAUACCCUAUACAAACUAGGCAAAACUCUGUUGAGCCCACUGUAUUUCAGAGUGCAUAUCACAUAGCAACAUUUGGAAAAAGAACAAGGGAACUACAAAUAUGUACAUCAACACAUACAUCCUUUUGUCAAAAAAUGCGCGCCUCUUUCAGGUGGAAGGGAAGGUUAGAACCAGUGAAUUCGGUUAAGACUAAAUCGAGAGAAGGUUUUGCCAAAAGCUUUUCCACUUUUCAAAAACAGACACCAAGGGGUAAAGUAUCCCCUCACUCUAGAGGCAUGGUAAGAGUGUUGUAA